AUGUCUCUCACGGUUGAAAAAGGCGCCGCGGGCGACCUCACACUUGGAGGAGACGAUCUGCCGCCACCACCAGUUGCGGCUCUCCAAUUUGUCGUGCUCAAGCAGCACGUUGCGAUCGAGGUCGAUCUCCAGAACAAGAGCGUCCAUGGAGUAUCUACGAUGGUCAUCUUCCCUAUCGAGCCGGACCUCGAAGAAAUUCAGCUGGAUGCUCGUCAGUGCGAUAUUGAUAUCGACAAUAUCACCGUUAAUGGCUUCAAAACCAAGGCAUCAUAUUCAGACCCCUACGACCUCAUGCAGGUUCCUCGCGAGUACCAAAUCGGCGCCCCACAACACCACAUCAUGUCACGGCGAAUGCAGCCUCUGCGACCGCUGAAGAGACCCGAGGUCCCAAACAGCGACCGGACUGCUUUGCCAUGUUGCGUCCCCGCCGAUGGAUCCCUCAAGGUGUCGUUGAAACGCGAGUAUCUGUCGGAGCCGCCCGCCAAAGCCCGACAAAUGCCCGAGCUUGCACGGGCAAAGAACGAGGCAGCCGCUUCGGGAAUGGAGCAGUCUGAGGCUCAUAGUUAUAAGAUCGCUAUACCUUUCCGUUCGAAAAAUAUCCGGGAUGGCCUGCAUUUCGUCGGCAUCGACGAGGGAGACAAGAGAUAUCCGCAUGUCUAUACCCGACACUCUCUGGAGCCCGGCGCUGUUUCCUGCAUCUUCCCAUGCGUGGAUGACCCGGGGUCGAGACAUCCUUGGGAGUUGUCCAUCAAGUGCCCGCGAACUUUGGGUGAUGUCUUUGAGCAGUCAGCUGCCCUCCCUCAGCCAUCAACGAGUCUGAUCUCGAAUGGCAACAGGAAGAGAAAACAAGGGGAGGAUCCGGCGCCGCCACCACCAGCUUCCAGGCUGCUCGAGGAGGACAAGAUGCUGGAGAUGACCGUAGUCUGCUCUGGCAAUCUUACGGGCGAACGGAUUGAUCCUCUGGAUGACAAGAAGAAGAUUAUGACCUUCGAGUCCUCGAUAGCGGCCGCCCAGCACAUCGCCUUUGCCAUCGGGCCGUUUGAGCACAUCCAGCUUUGGUCCGAGUUCAGAACGGAAGAGGCAGACGAGAAGCUUGGAGCCAACGCGGCCAAGAUUCACGGAUACUGUCUCCCAGGCCGUGCUGAAGAGGUUCUUCAUACCUGCCAGCCUAUCGUGGCUGCGGCUGACUACUUUGCGCCCGAGUUUGGACGCUAUCCAUUCGAUAGUUACAAGGUCGUCUUUGUGGAGGACAUGGUUCAAGACACGGUCUCAGGAACCUCAAUAUCGCUCUGCAGCACACGACUUCUCUAUCCCGAGGACAUCAUUGAGGUGGAGACUGAAGUUACUCGGAAGCUGGUCCAUGCUCUGGCUAGCCAGUACUUUGGAGUUUACAUCGUCCCAAACCGGCGUUCGGACUACUGGUUGAUUAUCGGCAUCCAAUGGUUCAUGACGGACCUUUUCAUGAAAACGAUAUGCGGUAAUAACUGGUAUCGGUUUCACAUGAAGACGCUGUCCGACAAGUUGGUGGAGCAAGAUGUUAGUCGCCCUUCGCUCCACGAUCUUGGCGAGCACCUUCACAUUGGCGACUUUGAACAAGAGUUCAUGGCCCUCAAAGCUCCGUUGGUUCUCUUCAUCCUCGAUCAACGGAUGUCCAAGAUGACAGGAUCGACAGGCAUCGUCCGUGUGAUCUCCAAGAUCGUUUCCACGGCGAACAUUGACACCAGGAAUGAGACUACAUGGUUGUCUGCCGAGCCGUUCCGGACAGCUUGUGAAAAGAUGAGCACGUACCGGCCUGACGAGCUCUGGGCCCAGUGGAUCCACAGCGCCGGCUGUCCCAAGCUCGAUAUCAAGCAGAAGUUCAACAAGAAGAACCUGAAUGUUGAUAUCACCGUUGAACAGAGGCAGAGCAAAGAUACCGCCAAGGAGAUCACCAAAGAAGAUUUCUACCGCGAGCUGGUGGAGUUGAGGCAUGAUGUGUGGGCUGGAUCGGUUCCCAAGCAUUUCACUGGACCGUUUUCCGUGCGAAUUCAAGAGGCCGAUGGUACUCCAUAUGAGCACUAUAUGGCCAUCUCUGAUAAGGACAAGGUCUCCACCAACUGGCAGAUCGCCUACAACACCAAGUACAAACGGAUGAAGCGUACCAAGAAAGCCACUGCGGCAGCUGCGGCCAACUCAGCUGCUGACAAGGACCUCCAGGAGGACGACGUUGUUUAUUACAAUGCUCUGGGCGACGUCCUCCAGACGGAAAAGGAUGUGCAAGACUGGGGCCUUCAGGACUGGUCGCAAGCUACACAGGCUCAGAUGGAUCAGGAAUCCUAUGAGUGGAUCAGACUGGACUGCAACUUUGAGUGGCUCUGUUCCAUGAAGACGGACAUGCCUCCGUACAUGAUUGUUGCUCAGCUGCAGCAGGACAGGGAUGUGGUCGCCCAGCAGGAUUCAAUGCUCUACCUCCGCAGAGCUUCGAGGCCCAGCGGUGUUGUCUCUACGAUUGAGACUCGGACGGCUAUGGACCGUCGGUAUUACUACGGGAUACGCUGCAUGGCCAUCGAGGAUCUUCCAAAGAUGGCUGAUCCGGAGCUGAACUACAUCGGCAAGGCUCACUUGAUCUUGAUCUUCCGGCACUUCUUUUGCGACCGCAUGGUCGGGAAGAACGGGGCGGUUACCUUCCCGCCUAUGCCGAAUGAUUUCAGCGACAAGGCGCAGUAUCACGUCCAGUGUGCUAUGGUCUCGGCCAUUGCGAAGACGAGGGAGAACGGCCGGUGCUCAAAGGACGCGCGGAACUUUUUGCUCGACUUGCUCCUCUUCAACGACAAUUCUGAGAACGACUACUCGGAUCAUCCCUAUGUGGCGUGUCUACUACAAGCCCUGACUACGUCCCUGAUCCCUAAGAAGGUCGAUGGUGAUCGUGAUCUGCUGUCAUCGUUGAACGUUCACGAUGAAGCGGACGCGGAGUUCAAGCGCUUCAUCGAGAAGACGAUUGAGGAAAUCGACAAGUAUCGCCGUAUGGACGAGUGGACCUCAUCCUAUCAGAACAUCUGGACGACCGCCGCUCUGGAGUGCAAGAUGCGACUCAUGAAGGCCAAGGUUAUCCCGGUCGCCCCGCUCGAGUUCAUUCAGUAUCUGCAAGACGACAACAUCGACCUCGUCCGCAUCAAGGCUUUCGAGUGCCUUGUUGAGCUCGGUCUGCUGUCCAAACCGGCCAUAAUGAAGCUGUUGCUAUCCAGCGUCUCGACAGACCCCUCGCCGUUUGUCCGAGACCGGUUGUUCAAGGUUCUCUGCAAGGGCAUGGCCGCCAUUGCCCUCGGUGAGAGCAAGGCCCAGCAGGUCGACCAACAACAGGCCAUCGUCGAGGACGACGGUUUUGUCAUCGAGCAGGGCGAGACCGAAAUUCAGCAGAGAAAGCUUGAUGCCAACCGCAACCAGAGUAUUCAGAAUGCCCUCGCCGCUCUCAAAGAGGAACUCAAGGGGAACGAGGACCUGCAGCUGGUUGUCUGGAAGGCUGUCAACUCUACAUGGAUCAGUGCCAAGGAGAAGUUCAACCUUCUAGAUCUUUGCUUUGCCAUGUUCGAGCCGGAGGAUAACCUCCUUUUGACUUUUAAGUAUCCCAAGGUCUGGAAAGCUACGCGCGAGAUCAAUGCUCCUCCAUUGGUUAAUGGGCGACCAGAUCCCUCUCGGGUCACCAAGAAGCAAUGCAUCAUUCGCUUCACGACCGAAUACCGCACCGAGCCUCGACAGAAGCUUGUCCUUGAACCCCCACCUCCUCCGCCACCCGAGCCAGUCAUCAAACCACCAGAACCCAAGAAGAUCAAACUUAGUACGAAGCCUUCUUUCAGCGGUGCCUCUGUCAGUAGACAACCUUCCUUCAGUGGACCUUCCGCUAGUAGACCUGGUACUCCGGGUCCGCUCACCCUACCCAGCGUACCAAGCGACUCUAUUGCGGUCAUGCCUCGUGCGGCUGUGGCUCAAGUGGUUAAUACCCCAGCCACACCACGCCCGUCGGCCUCAGUCGUUUUCGACUCUAUCGCGGUCCAGCGUGUUUCUGUUCUCCUCGGCAACCCGUCUACCCCAAGGAAUGCCACACCACCACCUGCUCCGUCGUCUGCUGCUCCAAAACCAGCCACAAACGGUGCCAAACCUCCCGCCGAGAAGCGCCCCAAGCCUUCGGCCAAGAAGCGCAAGAGUGACGAAGCCGACGACCUUGUCCGACCAAAGAAGAUCAAGACCGAGAAUGGCAAGCCAAGCAAAAUCGUCACGCUUCCGUUCACACAGUGGGAUCGACUUCCCGAAAAGACAAAACGGCAAAUGCGGGAAGUCAAGGCUGCAGCUGCGGCCAACAACAACAACAACAACAACAACAACAACAACAAACCAUCAUCCUCAGGAUCCGGACCAGCCUCGUCCUUCUCCUCAACGAUCGUGGCUAAGCGCCCUGCAAUCCUUGGUGGAGUUGGCAGCAGCAGUGGUGGUGGUGGAGGUGGUAGCGGACUUCAUAAGGUGUCGUCUUCUGCCCAUUCGUCGUCGUCUGUGCGUGGUCGUACCCCUACGGUGGGCGGUCGUGGGUCGACGCCGAUUUUGCUGAGCAGGGGGAGCCCGGCGCCGACGAGCUCGUCGAGGGCUAGUCCUGCCCCGGGGAUGAGGACGGGGACGCCGGGGUUGCUGACUGCUGCGCCGAAGCAGAGGAAGCCUUUGCCUAGUGGGGCGCCGCAGCAUCACGCUCCUGUUGCGAAGACGUCGUCGGGGAAUGGGAGUGGGAGUGUUGAGACCCCGCCGGUGAAGAAGAAGAGUGUUAUCAAGUUGAAGGUUAGGGCUACGCCUAAUCAGGCUUCCCCUCCUCCUCCGGCUGGGGGGCAGAGGUAG